GGUUUGUCUGUUGGAGUGCAGUGUCAGGGAGGUGAGGGUGGUGGUCGCUUCCAUCCUUGAAAAGACUCUGGAGAGCGCGCUGCACUUUGGAGACCCUGGACUGGACAACCUGACCGACACUCUGCUUUCCUUACUUGACAAAGAUGUUCCUGAAAAUGUGAAAAACUGUGCGCAGUACUUUGGCCUCUUCAGUAACUUCGCUCAGAGGGGAUGCGGCCCUUGUCAGCUGUUGUUGAAACACUCAGCUUAUCGCCGGAUGCUUAUCUUCCUGUUGGGACCCAACAGGCAAAACAACCAG